CUUGUUUGCUCGGCCACACUCACCAUGUGUGAAGAGGAGACCACUGCACUCGUGUGCGACAAUGGCUCUGGCCUGUGCAAGGCUGGUUUUGCCGGAGAUGAUGCCCCCCGGGCCGUUUUCCCAUCCAUUGUGGGUCGCCCACGCCACCAGGGUGUAAUGGUGGGAAUGGGCCAGAAAGACAGCUACGUUGGGGAUGAAGCUCAGAGCAAGCGCGGGAUCCUAACUCUCAAAUAUCCCAUCGAGCAUGGCAUCAUCACCAACUGGGAUGACAUGGAGAAGAUCUGGCACCAUUCCUUCUACAAUGAGCUGCGGGUAGCACCUGAGGAACAUCCCACCCUGCUCACUGAGGCUCCCCUAAAUCCCAAGGCUAACAGGGAGAAGAUGACGCAGAUCAUGUUUGAAACCUUCAACGUCCCUGCCAUGUAUGUUGCCAUUCAAGCUGUGCUCUCUCUCUAUGCCUCUGGACGUACAACAGGCAUUGUCCUGGAUUCAGGGGAUGGUGUCACCCACAACGUCCCCAUCUAUGAAGGCUACGCACUGCCCCAUGCCAUCAUGCGCCUUGAUCUGGCUGGCCGCGACCUCACGGACUACCUCAUGAAGAUCCUCACAGAGAGAGGCUACUCCUUUGUGACCACAGCUGAGCGAGAAAUUGUCCGAGACAUCAAGGAAAAGUUGUGUUAUGUGGCCCUAGAUUUUGAGAAUGAAAUGGCCACAGCAGCCUCCUCAUCCUCCCUGGAGAAGAGCUAUGAACUGCCUGAUGGGCAAGUCAUCACCAUUGGCAAUGAGCGUUUCCGCUGCCCUGAGACCCUCUUCCAGCCUUCCUUUAUUGGCAUGGAGUCAGCUGGAAUUCAUGAAACAACCUACAAUUCCAUCAUGAAGUGUGACAUCGACAUCCGUAAGGAUUUAUAUGCCAACAACGUCCUGUCUGGGGGAACCACCAUGUACCCCGGCAUUGCUGACAGGAUGCAGAAGGAGAUCACAGCCCUAGCCCCCAGCACCAUGAAGAUCAAGAUUAUUGCUCCCCCAGAACGGAAGUAUUCUGUCUGGAUCGGAGGCUCCAUCCUGGCUUCUCUCUCCACCUUCCAGCAGAUGUGGAUCAGCAAGCCCGAAUAUGAUGAGGCAGGGCCUUCCAUUGUCCACAGGAAAUGCUUCUAAAAUCAGAACAGAUUCUCUCCAGACUGCUCUGUUACUGAUCACAAGGCAUUAAAACCUGUAAG